AUGGCGGUGCCCUCGGCUCAGGACUUCCACUGGCAGAGUCUGGCCCGUCUGUCCAGUGGGCGGGUCUACCACACGCUGACGCAGGUGGGGGGGCAGGUGUUCAUGCUGGGGGGCUGUGACGCUGCGGGACGGCCCUGUGCAACUGUGGAGACCUACUGCCCUGAGUAUCUGUCCUCACACCUGUCCUCUGUCCUCACACCUGUCCUCUGUCCUCACAUCUGUCCUCUGUCCUCACAUCUGUCCUCUGUCCUCACACCUGUCCUCACACCUGUCCUCUGUCCUUACACCUGUCCUCUGUCCUCACAUCUGUCCUCUGUCCUCACACCUGUCCUCACACCUGUCCUCUGUCCUCACACCUGUCCUCUGUCCUCACAUCUGUCCUCUGUCCUCACACCUGUCCUCACACCUGUCCUCUGUCCUCACACCGGUCCUCUGUCCUCACACCUGUCCUCUGUCCUCACACCUGUCCUCACACCUGUCCUCACACCUGUCCUCACAUCUGUCCUCACACUUACCCUCUCUCCUCUGGUGGUCCUCCAGGGCGACCGGUGGUCCUCGCUCACCCAGAUGCCCACCCCUCGAGCGGGUGCGGCCGUAGCGGUGCUGGGGAAGCAGGUGUUGGUGGUGGGGGGUGUGGGGGAGCAGCAGAGCCCCAUGAAGGCGGUGGAGGUCUACCACACUGACGAAGGGCGCUGGAGGAAGAGGAGCGCGCUGAGGGAGCCUCUCAUGGGCCUCUCCAUCGCUGUCAAAGAGAACCGCGCCCUGGCCAUCGGGGGGAUGGGAGCCGACCUCCUGCCGCGGAGCAUCCUGCAGCAGUACGACCUCCGGAAGGACGUGUGGGCGAUGCUGCCCCCGAUGCCCACGCCGCGCUACGACGCUAACGCUAACCUGCUGGGGAGCAAGCUCUAUGUGGCAGGCGGGCGUCAGUGCAAGAGGCCGGUGAAGGUCCUGGAGGUGUACGACACAGAGGCUCGCAGCUGGAGCACGCUGCCCGCCCAGCCCUGUAAGCGCUCUUACGCGGGGGUGCUGUGGGACCCCCUGGGGAGGCUGUGUCUGUUGGGGGGGCUGCGGCAGGGCGGGGGCCAUCAGAGCUCCAAGUUCACCAAGAACGUCAACAUUUUCGACACCAACCAAGAGAAAGUUUUGCCUACACUCGCACACGCGCUGCUUUUGAUUGCCGUGGGGGGGGGGGGGGGUGGGGGGGGGGGGUUGGGUUGGGGGGGGGGUGGGGGGGAGGGGGUGAGGCGAGAACCCAUUCCUCCGAUCUAA